UCAUCUUCCACCAAAGAACAAAAACUAGGGCUACUUUACUUCUAAUUCAUUCAUUUCCUAGCUCAAAAAGCUCACAUAUACUGAUAUUCAAUCACGUCAAUAUUUCUGUAAGCUGAAAAUAAAAUGUCAGAUUAUCUACCGAAGGAUGUGCUUGUCGAAAUUCUAUCAAAACUACCUAUAAAAUCUCUAAUUCACUGCACAACCGUAUGCAAAUCAUGGUAUUCCUUAAUCACAAACCCUAAUUUCAUUUCUGUACAUCACAAUACCCAAAUCAUCAGCAACACCAAUCGCCGGCCUUUAUUAUUCGUUCGUCACUACAACAUGUUCGACAGGGUCGAACGUUACGCGUUACACUUCGACGAUGAAGAUGAAAAUGAUUCCCCGGAUGUUGAUUCGUUCCAGGAAUAUCUAGAGCUGAAAUGCCCUGAAAAGAGUCGUAGUGAGUAUUUAAGAAUCGUUGGUUGCUGUAAUGGUCUUAUUUGCCUUUCUGAUGAUUAUGAUAAAUAUACGGAUACAGUGAUUUUAUGGAAUCCUACAAUUCGUAAACAUUUGAAGUUGCCCAGGCCUAAUUUAGGGUAUAAUGGACGUGGGUCUUGUAUUUAUGGGUUUGGAUUUGAUGUUGUGAAGAAUGAUUAUAAAGUUGUUAGGGUUCUUUAUAAUAGUACUGCUACUGAGGAUUAUAAGUUGCAGUUUCCACCAACUAUUGAGUUUCUUGAUAAAUUGAGGGCAGUUAAAUUCUUGGUUCCACCUGGGAUUGAGGUUUUCUCUUUGAGUAGUGGGAUAUGGAGGAGCAUUUCUGAUGUGGGUCCUUCGUAUAUUUUGCAUCAGAAUCAUUCUGUUUCGGCUUAUCUUAAUGGCGCUGUUCAUUGGAUUGCAUCUAAUUCGAGUGAUGAUGAUGAUGAUGGUAAUGGUGAUAGUAGCAAUAAUAAUAACAGUAGUAGUAGCAGCAGCAGCAGCAGCGUCGGUAAUAAUAGAGAUGAUAGCUUUAUUGUAGCAUUUCAUGUGGGAACUGAAAAUUUUAGUGAAAUAAGUUUGCCAGAUAGUGUUGCUGAGAGAAAUGUGAUGAAAUUGGAUGUGAUGGUUAUGGGCACGUCGCUCACGCUAGUCGAGUAUGAAAAGUUUUGGCAGAGUGAUUAUUGCUGGAUAUGGGUGAUGAAAGAGUAUGGUGUGGUGAAGUCUUGGAGUAGACUUCAUAAUAUUGAUUUGAGAGGAGGGUUCAGGAAUAUUGUGGGAUUUAGGACUCACGGCGAGUUAUUGAUUUCUGCCAGAAUGGUAGGAAUGGUUUCAUACAACCCCAAGAAGAUAAGCAUAAGCUAUCUUGGAGUCCAUGGCACCAAUCGCUCGUUUCAUGGUGAGCCUUUUUUCGAGAGCCUGGCUUUAGUCGGGAAAGAAGAUAGAUUUGUAGAGCGGGCAAAUUCGACUGCUGAUGUUGUUCAAGAAGUUGGUUCUGUACUGGAUAGCGGUGAAGAUGAAACUGAGGAACAUACAUGAUAGUUGAUCCAGUUCUACAGAUCUACUUUGUAUAUGGAGAAGGUGCACGCAUACUGGGGGAGCCUUUAAAACACUGAGUCAAUGGUUCAUAUAGUAAAUUCUACUUUUGGUGGCUUCACAUCAAAAGGAUUUCAUGGCGGUUCUCAUGUGGCUUCAAACAAUUGUUGUAGGUCACAUAAAGGACACUUCAGUUUUUAAAUCUAAGGAGGCAUGUUAGUGAUCCAAAAAACUCCCGAGGUUCCUCCUGCUGCAACUUCAUCCAUCUGCCUUUUCUGCCCCAGUUCUCCAAGCAUCGUAUGCCAUGACCCCCUCCUCCCUGAAACUCCAUUGCGGAACCUAGCGUACUGCUGUGUCCAAUCCUCCAUUGGGCGUUAGGGUAAACUGAGCUGAAGAAACUGGUGGAAAUUUAGGGGAGAUGUCGGGGGAAGCAGUAUCGGGAGGAUUACAUGUCAUUCAGAAAUUGGAGGAGUCCUGCGCAAAGAAGCGUACUGCUGUUUCCAAUCCUCCAUUGGGUGUUAGGGUAAACUGAGCUGAAGAAACUGGUGGAAAGUUAGGGGAGAUGUCGAGGGAAGCAGUAUCGGGAGGAUUACAUGUCAUUCAGAAAUUGGAGGAGUCCUGCGCAAAGAACCGUACUGCUGUGUCCAAUCCUCCAUUGCGUGUUUGGGUAAACUGAGCUGAAGAAACUGGUGGGAAGUUAGGGGAGAUGUCGAAGGAAGUAGUGUUGGGAGGAUUACAUGUCGUUCAGAAAUUAGAGUGACUGGGCAACAAACUAAUAUCUCAGCUGAGAUCUUUUAUAAGCCUCUGGACUUUCAUAAGAUGUAAGGGAAUUCAAGACAAGUUGGGCAACUGCCUAAUCAGUAUCUUGACGAGCCAAUGAUAUCCUUCUCCGCUUGCAGUUUUUGUUCAUGUGUUAUUAUGUCUAUGCUUGUUCUCCUUGGUAAUGGUCAUCCUGUCUCCUGACAUUGACAUAAAUCUCUGUCUGCCUCUCUCUCUCUCUCUUGUGUUGGCCGCUCAAGGAUGUAAACUUUUUGUCUGAUUUAGGCAACUGUUCUCAGGAAUACUAGAUUGUAGCAACACAACAGUUGGAUGAAGAUUUUAUCGGAGAGGUUUACUGGUUCACGCCUUGGAUUGUCAAGCGUCCUCAUGUGAUGCUAGCUUCUGACAUCGCCACCUGAUCCAAUGUUUCUAUUUUCUUUUCAUGACUAGUAAAAUGUAUUUGCAUACUUGCUCAGUGUAUAUAUCUAGGAAAUUUAAGGGUUUUCAAAUAUAUUUUUUGCAAUGAUGGGUCAUGAUAGAUCUUUUUGCUACUUGUACAAAACAAAAGAAUUCCCAGGCUACAUGAUAACAGAUUCUCACA